AUGUUGGUAUCCAUAAACGAAAAACUGGAAUACCUACUGCCCCUAAAACAGACGGUUGAAAGUGUUGAAGACACGGUCCAGUUUAUGAGUGUACAAUACGACGAGCUCUUAACGAGAAUAGAAAAGAAUGAACGUGAAGUAAAGGAACUAAAGCAUAGAAUAGAAAGGGUUGAGGCCAAAGACAGUGAAAUGAUGCAGCUGAAAACGGAAGUGGACGAUUUGGAAUGGAGAAGUAGAAAGCUUAACCUUGAAUUUCAUGGAAUUAAGCAGGUGCAGAAUGAAAACUUGCUUCUUGAAAUAAAUAAGCUGACUGUGUUAAACAACUUGCCGCAGCUUCUGGAAAAUGAUAUAGUGGCCACUCAUCGCCUGCCUUCAAAGGCAGAUAAGGCACCCGGUAUAAUCUGUCGUUUUGCCAAUCAGGCUAUCAGGGAUAAAUGGUGGCAAAGCAGGAAAAAACUGUCAAGUGAAAAUACCAGCGUUUUUUUGUCGGAGAACUUAACUAAAAGGACACGCGCCUUGUUGUUCGAAAGUAAGCUCUGGGCCAAAGCUGACAACUACAAGUAUGUAUGGCACAACAACAAAGUUCUCGUGCGGAAAACAGACGGGGCAAACGCGGUAGUCAUUUCUAAUUCUAGCGACCGCAAAAAACUUAGUAAGACAAGCAGCUGA